CGGAUGCCUUUUCAUUUCCUCCUAAAUUUAUGUCUCACAACCCUUCUUCCAAGGAAUUCUUCUCUUCUAUCACUUCACCUUUUUCUUCGAUUUCAAUGGAGCAGGGAUUUUAUUCUGAGAAAUCGUACACUAACUCUGAGCAGAUAGACCUUACUCUCAAGCUUUCUCCCUGCGGUCAAAAUGCAGAGGAAGAGAUGGUUGGGGAGAAUGCCCACAACAGAAUCAUGGAAAAUGGGAUUCAAGAGAAUCCCUUUGUUGUUUGUUUAGCAGAGGGUGAGAAGGGUCUGGUGAGAUUUGGGGACUUGCAGGCAAUGAGAAGAGUCAGGACUGGAAAGAGACUAUUGAUGAAGAAGAUGCAGAUGGCUAUGGCUGCGUCUGCGGCUGCGGCUGCUGACGCAGAGAAGUCUUUUCCGGUGUCUCCGCCUGCUGUUCAGCCACUGCCUCCCUCAAUUGAUGAUAAUUUCAAGAUGUUUGCACAUCCUUCAUUGGAUUUGGAUCCAUGGCAUGAAGGAGGAGUUAGUUCGAGGUUCCAAAUAUCACCAAAGCAGGAAAUUGAUUCCAUGGUUUCCCCAGAAGCGAAGCAGGAAAUGACAGUGUGGCCAUCUGAGUGUAUGAUUGAGAAGCCAGCGAAAAAGCUUAAACAUGUGAGCUCCUACCAUAAAAGUGAUGCUAUGAACAUUGUGAGAGAAAUGCCUUGCGUGAUUACUGCUGGAGAUGACACUACUGGGAAGAGAAUAGAAGGGCUUCUUUACAAGUAUAAGAGAGGCCAAGUUUGUAUUGUAUGCGUCUGCCAUGGCUGCUUCCUCUCACCCACAGAAUUUGUGAUGCAUGCUGGUGGCAAGGAAGUCACAGAUCCCAUGAAACACAUCACUGUUUCUUCUGAUUCAUUUUAUAUCAAUGGAGAUGGGACUGCUUUUAUCACACACCCCUUUUAGAAUGUUUUGAAGCAGUUAAGAAUCCUUAGUUUUCCACAAUCAUAUAUCUUAUCAUGGUUCUUAUUAUAACAGUGUGUAAAACACGUUUUUA